GUGAUUCACGUUCUCCGGACCGGCGAAGGAAGAGGGCGCCAUGAUUGGUUGGCGCUGGGGCGGUGGGCGGUGGAGGAGCUUGGCGAGUCUGGGAUUCAAACCGGGGCUGGGCUUUCUCCACCCAUGCUUCGAGGCCGUGGGGGGCUGCAGAGGGCUCGGAGUCGACUCAGCGGAAACCUGGAUUUGGUUCUAAGAGCCGUGGGAUUGAGAAGGGGUGACCGGAAGUGAUUUUGGGAUUGACCGGAAGCGAGGCCUGGAGGGGAAAGGGAGACUGGUUAACGGGAGGGAGGGGGGUUUCCCGCAGAAAGGGGCGGGGGAAAAGGUGCGAAAGCGGCGUGGGUGCGCAGGGUAGGUAGCGGGUCGCUGCUGCUGGUCUGUUUAGAAAGCAGCGAGUGACCACCACGAAUUCAAGGGGAGAGCCCAAAGAGUGGGAGUGCGAGGAGUCCAGGGUUGCCUUUGGGCAGUCUGGAAGAGUGAAGCCAAAGGACCCUCGCGCGGCUCCAGAGAGCUGGGCGGGGGUGGCGGUGGGGGUGGGGGUAGGGAGUUUGGAAGUCAGGGCAGCCAAGAGCGAGGAGACAAGGGUGCGGGAGAUUAGUUGUGUGGGCAGUGCGGGUGGGGCUUGGGGCGGCUGGUGAGUACUGCGGGGGAGAUCUUGGUUUGGAGUUUUCUACAGUCUUGCAGUCUUGCCCCUGUUGGGUAGAAUCACACUGCUCGUCUUUGUACAAGAAACGGUGUCUCCUGAGGCAAGGAAGGAGCCAGGAUGGCCUGGGCUCUGAAGCUGCCUCUGGCCGAUGAGGUGAUUGAAUCCGGGCUGGUGCAGGACUUUGAUGCUAGUCUAUCCGGGAUCGGCCAGGAACUGGGUGCUGGUGCCUAUAGCAUGAGUGAUGUCCUAGCAUUGCCCAUUUUUAAGCAAGAAGAGUCAAGUUUGCCUCCAGAUAAUGAGAAUAAAAUCCUCCCUUUUCAAUACGUGCUUUGUGCUGCCACCUCUCCAGCAGUGAAACUCCAUGAUGAAACCCUGACAUAUCUCAAUCAAGGCCAGUCUUAUGAAAUCCGAAUGCUAGACAAUAGGAAACUUGGAGAACUUCCAGAAAUUAAUGGCAAGUUGGUGAAGAGUAUAUUCCGUGUUGUGUUCCAUGACAGACGGCUACAAUACACUGAACAUCAGCAGCUGGAGGGCUGGAGGUGGAACCGACCUGGAGAUAGAAUUCUUGACAUAGAUAUCCCAAUGUCUGUGGGUAUAAUCGAUCCUAGGGCUAAUCCAAACCAACUAAAUACAGUGGAGUUCCUGUGGGACCCUGCAAAGAGGACAUCUGUGUUUAUUCAGGUGCAUUGUAUUAGCACAGAGUUCACUAUGAGGAAACAUGGUGGAGAGAAGGGAGUGCCAUUUCGAGUACAAAUCGAUACCUUCAAGGAGAAUGAGAACGGGGAAUAUACUGAGCACUUACACUCAGCCAGCUGCCAGAUCAAAGUCUUCAAGCCCAAAGGUGCAGACAGAAAACAAAAAACAGAUAGGGAGAAAAUGGAGAAACGAACACCUCAUGAGAAGGAGAAAUAUCAACCUUCCUAUGAGACAACUAUACUCACAGAGUGUUCUCCAUGGCCCGAGAUCACAUAUGUCAAUAAUUCCCCAUCACCUGGCUUCAACAGUUCCCAUAGCAGUUUUUCGCUUGGAGAAGGAAAUGGUUCACCAAACCACCAGCCAGAGCCACCCCCUCCAGUCACAGAUAACCUCUUGCCAACAACCACACCUCAGGAGGCUCAGCAGUGGUUGCAUCGAAACCGUUUUUCCACAUUCACAAGGCUUUUUACAAACUUCUCAGGGGCAGAUUUAUUGAAACUAACCAGAGAUGAUGUGAUUCAAAUCUGUGGCCCUGCAGAUGGAAUCAGACUUUUUAAUGCAUUAAAAGGCCGGAUGGUGCGCCCAAGGCUAACCAUUUAUGUUUGUCAGGAAUCCUUGCAGCUGAGGGAGCAGCAGCAACAGCAGCAGCAACAGCAGCAGAAGCAUGAGGACGGAGACUCAAAUGGUACUUUCUUCGUUUAUCAUGCCAUCUACCUAGAAGAACUGACAGCUGUUGAACUGACAGAAAAAAUUGCUCAGCUUUUCAGCAUUUCCCCUUGCCAGAUCAGCCAGAUCUACAAGCAGGGGCCAACAGGAAUCCAUGUGCUCAUUAGUGAUGAGAUGAUACAGAACUUUCAGGAAGAAGCCUGUUUUAUUCUGGACACAAUGAAAGCAGAAACCAAUGAUAGCUAUCAUAUCAUACUGAAGUAGGUGUGGGGCAUUCCAUCCUCAGUGGCUGCUGCUGCUUUCACCUAUUGGGAACUCCCCUCUUGAAGGGGGGGGUCUCAAAUGGAGCUUUGAAGGGCUGCAAGAACCUGACCCAUCUGACUGUGUCCAGGCCUUGGAGGCAGAAUCCCAGGCAUCUGUGUUGGCCCAGGUUCUUAGGGCACCUACAGAUUACUGCCCAACAUGCAUUUCUGCAACUAUUUCUUAUUUAAAAUUUCUGGACCCUGUUGUUGUUGAAUAUCAAUAGAAACCUCACAUCAUUUAGGGUGUGUGUAGGGCAUAAUGGUGAUGAGAAUUGUGUGAUGUUUAAUGGAAAGAUGUUAAACUUUGUGCUAUGGAGCCAUGUAAUUUUUUUUUCUAACAUAAAAGCAAACAUCUAUAUUCAUAAGAUUAGAUCCCUAACCUUUUUUGCCCCUGAAAACCUCAUUAAAGAGAAAUACAGAGAAAGAAGAAAAUUCUUCUUUUGAUUCCCCUGUAAUUCUAUGACUAAUAGUAAUUUUAGGUAACAUUUAUUGCACAUUUAGUUGUGUCAGGCAGUGUGAUAAAUUCUUUAAAUGGAUUAUCUUGUUUAAAUCCUCUUAAUAGCCCUAUAUGAAGUAGGUAAUAAUGAUCCCUAAUUGAAGAUGAGGGAAUGGAGACAUAGAGUGGCCAAGGAGCUUGCUGAGUAACAGGCAGCUAGCAGCUAGUGACACUGAAAUGCAAACCCAGGCCGUCUGGCUCUUAUUAAGUGCCAUCCGUGACUGCCACCCUUGCAGUCCUCUGUGCUUGCCACCGUUUCUUACUGUGGCUCUUCUGGUGAAUUGGAUAUAACACUGAGCGAGAACUGAGGAAUUAACACCAAAAGGGACAAACCACACCUAAAUAAUGAUGAACAAAUCACGACCUACAAAAAAAAUGAAAACAUAGACACUUUCAAAGCAUCAUCAGUUAUCAGAUUCACAGAAUUUGAGGUGGUGAAAACUAGGGAUUAUCUGUAACUCCCCAAAUUCACUGUUUUUGAAUGACCUUCUCAAACUAUUAAUGAGUUAGACUAACCUCUGCUUUCUCUUUCCCCUCUCUGCAUCUUCUCUUGGUAUAGAAAGUUCUUUUACUCAUGUAGCGUUCUUUUAUAUAAGCUUUACAAGAAAUUCAUUCCCAUCCUGUUUGCAUUCUUACCAUAUACUUUAGUUCUUCCUGAUUGUGAUUGUGUGCUUUUGCGUGUGUGCAUGUGUAAGACUAUGGGUCUUUUUUCACAUGUAAAGUUUUAUCCAGAAAUCCCUCUACAUGUUAUGCUGAGGUGAAAAAUGAUAAUGUUCAAAAGAUUCUGUAUUGGAUUUGGAUCUGUGUGUGUGUGUGUGUAUUUUUAAAGCAUUUGAUAAAGUUUAAAUGUUUUUAUACAGA